UGGCGUGCAUGGCUCCUGGCACGCCGAGGGCUCCACGCGGACCCGAAGAGACGUCGCGGAUCUCCCGCAACUGGCAGUCCCCCGUCCUGGUUCCCUGCGCGCAUCGAUGGCGCCUUGCCUUGCGCUUUCAUGCUGGCCCAAGUCGUCGCGCGCGCGAUACUUAUUCAUAUUGGUCACGACCUGUUUGCUUAUACGCCCGUAACAGCCAAUAUAUGCGACCGUUUCGGACAUCGUCGUUUACUCUCCGCGCGGCAUGACCCGCACUGCGAUCGCCGUCGCGGAGAAGUUCAAGCAAGCGGUUGAGAUCAAGCUCGAGGAGCGCCGCGCGCGCUGCCCAAACCCCGACGCGCUCGUUGUGUACAAUGUCUUUGUGCUUGACGCAUCGGCGUCGGAGAUGGCAGAGAAACUCCCCCACCUCGUUGUUCGCACUGAGGAUGCCGCAUCUUCUGGCGCUCACACAGAUGGUACGGAUGCGCACACCCUUGGUGAGAGUGACGACGCCACCCGCCUCCUCCGCGCGACCACCAUAGACUUUGCGCAGCGAGAGAAGGACGAGAUGCGCGAUCUCACUCAGGCGUCUGAGAUUUUGUCGUUCGUAGACCCCGAGUCCGGCCCCGAUCCUGACGUUCUUGCGGGCUCGAACACUGCGACUCACUGGGAGCCCUCUGUGGGCCAGAUCUUUCUGGGCAACUCCAACGACGUUCCUCUUCCCCCAGACCGUCGCAUUCGCAUGCGCACUCUGCGCGGCGAUGAGGACGACGAAGACACGUUUGACUGGCGGACGAAUGACCCCAGUAAUGGCUACGGCUAUGAUCUCUGCAUCGAGUGCCAUGACUAUGCGCCUUUCCCUACAUCCGCACAUCUACGUGCGGCUGAGGAGCACCUGCGUGUUUUGGAGAAGCGUUGGGUAGAGCGCUGCGUCGCCGAGGCGGACGGCGCCGAUCCGAAGGAACCCCUCCCACCACGCCCACCGCCAAGUGCUUCCUACGUUGUCCAUCUUCCAUUCCCCAGCUCCCCAGCAUCCUCUGUCGUCACCGUGAACACGCUCCUCCCCUUCAUCUCCUUCCUCGAACGACUACUUCAGCCCUUAACAGGCGCGCCGCUCACGUACGGCGUUGCAACAGAGCAGUUAUCACCAUCUCGCUCGCAGCACUCAUACGAUGGGCAUAGCAGGCGGAAUACGAGCGCUGGGUUCAUGCCCAGCUCCCUUCCUCCCCCAAGCUCAUUCCCAACAUCGUUCUUCCCCUCAUCGCCAUCCACACCAGGUGCAUCCUACACUCGCACACGGUCGACCUCAGCCACCUUCCUUCCAGCCACCUCGCCAUCAACUCCCGUUGCCAACGGUUCAGCAUCCGCUUCUCCGGCUCCCUUGCGCACACGUCCCGUGAAGAUCCUCAUCUACUCCGCGGACGGAUACACGGAAUCGUCGGUCCUCGCUCUGUGCAUUCUGAUGGCUAUGCGUGGGAUCUCGCUCCCCGAGGCCUAUCUGACCCUCCAGGUCGAGAAGCGUCGGAGCUUCUUCGUCUACCAGAGCGAUCUCGGCGUACUGAGACGUGUCGAGGCGCGUCUGGAGAAGGACAGGACGGCCCAGAGCCAGAACCCGGCUACCGCGUCGUCAUCGACUGCACUGCAACGACAAGUUCCGAGCCAGGGCGAAGGCGACAACGCAUCGGAAGCUCAGAGUCCGCAGGGCUGGGUGCGGUCUCUUGGCCGCGCAGCAGCGAAGUCCGUGUCCUUCACGGCUCCUGCCACGGACGACCCGGCGCACGCAUCGGCAGCCGUGAGUGCGCUCGCCGCAGUCCAUCCGACGCGGACACGUUCCGAGUCGGAAGCAGACGCUGGGAUGCAGACGCCAACGCCCGGGCGACCGCGUGCACACACCAUGCCACCGUCACGGGUACCUCCAUGGAGGGACCACCAGGCGUGGUUCAACGACGCGAGGUUUGACGGGAGCUUCCCAAGUCGAGUUCUCCCGUUCCUGUACCUCGGCAAUUUGAACCAUGCUUCCAAUGCGUUCAUGCUCCAUGCCCUCGGAAUUACGCAUGUCGUAUCCGUGGGCGAGUGUGCCCUCGUUCCUCCACCGCACCUCGACGCUGCGAACGCCGCCGCGGGCACGAUGGCGUGCUCUCUCCCCAACUCUGGCGCCCACUUCGUUCCUGGCAAGGGUCCUGGAGGACAGGGGUCGCUGUGGAUCGAGGAACGCGAGGGCCGCAUCAAGGUGCUUGACAUCAAGGGUGUCUGCGACGACGGGAUCGACACGCUCGAGCCACAGCUGCAGCCGAUCUGCGACUGGAUCGACAAGGCGCGCGAGGAGGGCGGGAAGGUGCUCGUGCACUGCCGUGUGGGCGUGUCACGCAGCGCGACGGUGGUCAUCGCAUACGUGAUGAAGCACCUCUCCCUCCCGCUCGUUGACGCCUACCUCAUCGUGCGCUCGCGGCGGCUCUCGGUUCUCAUUCAGCCCAACAUGCGCCUGCUGUACAACCUCCUCGGAUGGGAGGUGAAGCUCGCGCGGGAACGCACCGACGCCGCGCUGCCCGAAGACAAGUGCGCGGGUAUGAGCGAUCAGGAGAAGCAGGAGAAGCGGAAGACGCGGCUGCGGUGCGAGCUCGCGCGCGCGCUGAACUGGCCGUACCUCGCCAAGGAGGUGCACGCACUCAACGAGAAAUACCUCCACUAGACGGGUCUGUGGCGCUGGGUGUGCGUUGUCGCGCGCGGACUCAUGUGUUGAGUCUUCGCGCCCCACUUUUCCUUUCUAUAGGACCGCUGUUCCUUACCCCCACCCCAUCUUGCGCCCUAUGCUCUUCUUCCAUUCCAUUUCGUUCCACCCCUCCCGUACUCAGGCACCUAUGACCCGCGCUCGCCCCCAACCACAACACAUGUACGACCACGUUGUAAUCAUUGUACAUUCUUGUAGCAUCCCUCUUCCGCGCGCCCUUCUCGUGUACAUGAUCGUCCCUUGGCCCCCCGUUUCGUCUCAACGUCCGGAUCGUCGCAACUCAACUCGUCUCGUCUCGUUCCGUCGUACCUCGUCUAGCAUCGUCUCUCCACCUAGUCCUAUCUCCGCUCUAGUUCGCACUGUCUGUACACGAUUAUGUAUAUGUUUCUGGAUUAAUGCCACGUUCAAUUCCUGCUGUCC